UGAUUGCUGAUUAAAGAAUUGUGCAAAGGAGUUCCACACAGGCGUAUCAGAGAUUCAGACUUGUGCAAGGAAUCUCUACCACCUGGGAAUAGACGUUUUCCUUUUGUUAAGCACAGGGAAACCAAUAGAGUUUGGGGUCUUUGAAUGACAUCUGUGUUAACUGUUAAAAAAGGUGUGAGAAAUGUGUGAACCCAAUGAAAAUGUUUAAACACAUUCGCAAGAGAUGGGGAACAGAGAACUUCAAGCAGGUCGAGAAAAACUGUAACACAACGCUACCUGAGGUACAAAGAAAUAAGAAUAUUUUUAAUAGAAAUGAUCCAAAUUGAAUAGCCUAUAUAUAUGAGAACAAAUCUAGAGGUAUACGGAGUAGUGAAAGUACCAGCAAAAGCACAUCUAUCAGCAAAAUCACUGUGGACCAAUAGGAGCCGACAAUAGAGGGCAGUAUUACAUAACUCUCACGCUUUGCCAGCUCUAUAAAAGACGUCCCCUGCAUCCCAAAAGGACACACACAGCUUUCCCUCCAGGAGAACCACACAGACUGCACCAACCAGCUCAGCUGCUCAAACUCCAAAGAAAGAAGAACUAAACCAUCAAGAUGCCAACUAAAGUUGAGAUCACUCAAGGUACUGUUCGUUCUACACAUUUUAAGUUGAGAUCACUCAAGGUACUGUUCAUUCUACACAUUUUAAGUUGAGAUCACUCAAGAUACUGUUUGUUCUACACAUUAUAUGAGCAGAGUACAUACUUUAGGAAUACACACAAGGAAUUACAUGUAUGCUACGGUUGAGCUGAUAUAUUUGUUAGCUAUAAUCUACCUGCUGCCUACAGUAUGUGACUCAAAAAGUCUAACUGCUGUCACUUUAUAGGUACACAACGUAUAUACGGUGGAAGGGACUGCAGUCAUUUACACAUGGGACAGUAAAGUUUAUUACUACCAACACAGAGUUUAGUUUUAUAUACUGUUGAUGUAGCUUUAAUCUUUUUAAUCUAAAAUAUGCCAGGUCUAUGUCUAUGGCCUCAUGGUUACAGUCUGACAGUUUAUUUGGAGGUAAAUUAUCGUAAAAUAAGAAUGUGCUGUAGGUGUAGUUUUGUACACUUUUGUACAAGCUUGCAAUCUUCUUUUCUUUGUUUUCAUUUGCACUUCACAGCCCCUAAGGUGCACAAGUGCAAAAAUCAACAUUACACAGAUGUGCAUGGCUUGCCAUGUAUUGAAAAGAUUGUGUGUUCAGUCGAUGAGACGCCAGAGCCUAUGCAAACAGUCAUCCAUGGGACCAUUCCAACCUGGAUCAAGGGCAACUUCCUUAGGAAUGGCCCAGGAAAGUUUGAAAUCGGGAACAACAACUUCAACCAUUGGUUUGAUGGCAUGGCUCUGCUGCACCAGUUUAAGAUUGAGAAUGGUCAGGUGACGUACAAGAGUCGCUUUCUCACCAGCGACUGCUACAAGGCCAACACAGAGAACGACCGCAUCGUCGUUUCCGAGUUUGGCACGGUGGCCAUGCCGGAUCCCUGCAAAAACUUCUUCCAGCGUUUUCUGUCACGCUUCGAUAUGCCAAAGCCCACUGACAAUGCAAGUGUGAGUUUUGUCCAGUAUAAGGGAGAUUACUAUGUCAGCACUGAGACUAACUUCAUGCACAAAGUGAAUCCAGAAACCCUCCAGGCCACUGAGAAGGUGGACUGGAGCAAGUUCAUUGCUGUCAAUGGAGCCACAGCACAUCCACAUAUGGAUCCUGAUGGGACUACGUACAACAUGGGGAACUCCUACACCGCUAAAGGGGCAUUUUACAACAUUAUCUGCGUGCCUCCUGAGAAAUCUACUCCAUCAGAUACUCUAGAGGGCGCCAGAGUCAUUUGUUCCAUCCCAUCGGUGGAUAAGACCAAACCCUCAUACUACCACAGCUUUGCGAUGACUGAGAACUACGUAGUGUUUAUCGAGCAGCCCAUUAAAAUGGAUUUGCUGAAGAUCAUCACGGGUAAUCUGAGAGGAAAGGGCAUCAGUGAGGGAGUCUACUGGGAUCCUAAACAUGACACCAUCUUCCAUUUGAUCAACAAGCACACUGGAAAGCUGAGCCAAGUCAAGUACCACACCAAGGCUCUGUCCACCUUCCAUCAGAUCAAUGCCUUUGAGGAGAAUGGAUUCUUGGUGAUGGACAUGUGCUGCUCGGAUGACGGCAAGGCCAUCAACAACUACAUGGUUCAGAACCUGCGCAAGUCAGGAGAAGCUCUGGAUGAGGUGUACAACACAAUGUGCAGAGUAUUCCCCAGGCGCUUUGUUCUGCCUCUGAGUGUGAACGAGACACCUUGUGGAGAAAACCUGAACAGAAGACCAGACAGCCCAGCUACAGCUAUCAAGACAGCCAAAAAUCGGGUUGACUGUACACAUGAAGAUCUUCAUGGGGAUGAUCUGCAUAAAUAUGGUGGACUAGAAUUCCCACAGAUCAACUACGCAAAGUGCAACACUCGUCCUUACCGCUACUACUACGGCUGUGGCUUCCGACACCUAGUUGGAGAUUCCCUCAUCAAGAUGGACCUGGAAGGGAAGAAAAUGAAAGUGUGGCAGCAGGCUGGCUUCUACCCUUCUGAACCUGUGUUUGUACCAACACCUGAUGCAACAGAGGAAGACGAUGGAGUCAUUUUGUCAGUGGUCAUCACUCCAAAUGAGGACAAGGGCACGUUCCUGCUUGCCUUGGAUGCCAAGUCAUUUGAAGAGCUGGGCAGAGCAGAGGUGCCUGUGAACAUCCCCUAUGGCUUCCAUGGCACUUUCAACGCUACCAACUAAAAAAAAAACAGACUGAAAAACGAUUGCAGCCCACACACAAAUGACAAGCUUUGUGACAAAAUUUGAGACAGCAAGCAAACGAGAGCAGAUUAAAAAGAACAGAAUGAGUCUCAUUGAAAAUACAAUCCAUUCUUUAUAUUCAUGGAUGAUUUGAGUGGUUUGAGUGAUUGAUUGGUGUUUGAGUGAAGGAAUGUGGAAGGAGAGUUACAGAAGAGUAAUGUAUUGGUUGGCCACAUAGUCCUAAUGUUUUAGUUUGUUUUCAUUUAAAUAUUGUAUAUUUCUGUAUCAUAAACAUUUUAUUUUGUACAGUAUUAUAAAUAAUGAAAUGUUACAGUAUGGUGUAUAUUUUUGUCGAGUUUAGUUUUUAUUUACAGAAAUAUUAGAAUAAAUAACACAAUUUCACUUGUCCAUGAGAUCUCUAUUUAAGUCAUAGAACUAUUAUUCAAGA